UUGGAUCCUCAGUGCCGGUCGAUCUGAACGGCGGAGGACGCGCUCGCCGCGAGCCUCGCAACCCCAUUGCAAUGGCGCUGUCGGUGCAGGUCUCCGCCGUCGCCGCCCAGCAUGUCCUCCCUCUCUCACGCCGCCUCGCGUCUGCUCCGGGCCCGGCGCCUCCUCUCACUCUCCACCGGUCCGGCUCCAGCUCCGGUCGGUUGGCGCGGCGGGCGAGCGUGCGGGUCCGCGCGGGCGCCAGCGGAGGCAGGCGGAGGAGGGAGUCCCUGUACGAGGUGCUGGGCGUGGCGCCGUUGGCGUCGCCUGCCGAGAUCAAGCGCGCGUACCGGCGCCUUGCGCUCAAGUACCACCCGGACGUCAACAAGGAGGCGAAUGCUCAGGAGAAGUUUCUGAAGAUCAAGCACGCCUACAACACGCUGAUGAACUUGGAGAGCCGGCCCAAGUAUUCGGGCGGCGGCCAUGAUGCACAAGAGGAGUUUGAUUGGUUCGCGGCUGUCAUUAAAGAGAUGGAAACAUAUCUGAACUCGGAAGAUGGCCUGGAUUUAGAGUGCAAACCUGAAAGCGUGUGGGAAGCAGUAUUUUCGUGUUUUCUAAUAACCGCCAUGCUUAUCUUCGUGCAUCAAGAAGACUUGAUUGUCCUCAUCAAGUUCUUAUCAUUAGAAGUGCGCAUUUUCAUCAAAAAGUGUUGUAUGACAAUCAACUCUUGUAUCAGAAAGAGUUGA